UUACUACAGCGCGCUUGCGCAGUUUCACUCCACACAACUGCACAAACAUGGCGGCGGCCGUCGACAGUGUUGUGAAAGUACUGGGGGAGCAGUAUUACCGAGAUGCCAUGGAGCAGUGUCACAGCUAUAAUGCCAGAUUGUGUGCUGAGCGCAGCAUCCUCAUGCCCUUCCUGGACUCGCAGACCGGUGUGGCUCAAUCUAACUGCUACAUCUGGAUGGAGAAGAGACACCGGAGCACAGGUGUUGCUCCAGGUCAACUGUAUACCUACCCAGCUCGUCGCUGGAGAAAGAAACGGCGCUCUCAUCCCCCAGAGGACCCCCGAUUGGCCUUCCCCCCUCUCAAAGCAGCAGAUUUGGAGUUGGGCCUGAAGCGUGAUUCCUUGGGAGUAGUGGAUGGGAGCAGUUUGGAGGCUCUGUUGAAGGGCGAGCCCCUUGACAGGAAGAGUGCUGUGGCAGACGUGCGUGGUCCUGAGGACGAUCCAGCCACCGUAGACCCCCCCGCUAGCUCUACAACGACUCACACGUCCUCUGGACGUGUCCGCAAGAGAGUUCUUGACCACGAUGACUAUUUGGAUGACUUAGACGAUGAAGACUUUGAGGAUGAGACCCCCAAGAGGAAAGGCAAGAGCAAAUCCAAGGGUCGCAGUGACAAGAAUGGCAAGAAGAAAAGUGAGGCUGCAGCCGCGGCUCUGGAGGAGAGAGACAAGCCCUACGCCUGCGACAUUUGUGGGAAGCGCUACAAGAACCGCCCGGGCCUGAGCUACCACUAUACACACUCUCACCUGGCGGAGGAGGAGGGCGAGGACCGCGAGGAGUUUGAGGCACCACCCACUCCUCGCCAGCCUGAGGAGCAGAAGACAACUAAAAAGGGUCCAAAUGGUCUGGCGCUGCCGAACGAUUAUUGCGACUUCUGUCUGGGAGACUCCACCUUGAACCAGAAGACUGGCCAAUCAGAAGAGCUUGUGUCCUGCUCAGACUGUGGACGUUCAGGCCACCCGACAUGUCUGCAGUUCACGCCCGUUAUGAUGGCCGCCGUGAAGACCUACCGCUGGCAGUGCAUCGAGUGCAAGUGCUGCAAUGUUUGUGGCACUUCGGAAAAUGAUGACCAGCUGCUGUUCUGUGACGACUGUGACCGAGGCUACCACAUGUACUGCCUUAGUCCGCCCAUGACCGAACCACCCGAGGGGAGCUGGAGCUGCCACCUGUGCCUGGCUCUACUCAAAGAUAAAGCCUCCAUCUACCAGCAGAACCAGAGCUCCUCCUCCGAGUGACAAGGCACCAGUUAGUUCGUCUCACUCCCUCUGUCACAUGGCAACACGUCAGAAAGCCUCUCAGUUUUCCAAUUCUGUCCAAAUGUAGCUCAGUCACCUCACGGGUCAGCAGCAGAAAUCUUCUUACGUCUACACAGGAGAGGAAGGAGGGGGCACGUCGUCUCCAAAACAGACCUCAGAUCAGUUAAAUUGUGGCUCAAACUGAAGCGGCAACCUGUCAGCCUAGCUGUCUUAACACAAACAUGUACACACCUGUCCUGGACUGCUGCUACACGUACGUGAGAGAGCGUGUGAGGCGAGGGGGGGGGGCGGGAGGGAGGAGAGGGGGGGGGGGAGAGAGAGAGAGAGAGAGAAACCAUAGCAACAGCUGUCUCCAUGGGAGUAAACGGAGUAGCUGCAUCGUUGUGGUGUUUUUUUUUUUGUUUUUCUCUGCCAAAUGAUCUAUUUUUACUUACAGGAUGCGGAGGGGGAAAAACAUGUCACAAACAGUAUGUUACUGGAGAAUUCUUCUUCUUCUUAUUAUUGUUCUGGUUACUAGUGGACUUUGGUAGUGGCAUUUGUGUGUGUACUUUGUCUGAUCUUUUGGUGCAUUUUUAAAUUGAGAGGGUUUUCAUCAUCAAGAAAAGUGAUUUUUAACAUAAACCACGAAAACUAUGAGCUGUUUAGAAGCAUCCACACAGCUCAUGUUGCUCAGUAGAUCAGAAACCUCCACCAAGCACUAUGAAAGUAUGUAAAGUAGAUUGGGCUCAAAAUAAGAGACAUUACAUUAUAGCUUACUAUCAUUUUUCUAUUAGUAUUUAUCAACCAAAGGGUGGUCAUAGUCUUAUGUUUAAGUCUGAUAAGGCCGCUUAUCACUUUUCCAUAUCAUAGCAUGAUGUUAAUUCACUAUAAAUCUUGUUGCCACAUUCAUUUCAAAGAUGUAGAGACCACUCACAGUGACAUUGACAGCAGCAACCCAGUGAACGAACUCGCCCAAUUUUUUAUAUUCUAUACUAUUCAUCGGUAUUAAGAUAAUUUUCUAAUAGUUUUGUAACGUGUGUGGUGAACAUUUCCACGUAAUACAGCUUCUUAAACAUUCUGUGUACUGUGUUGCCAUGUUUGUAUUUUUGUUAUGACUGUGACAUUUGAAUUCAAUCGACUUCAGGUGUCAGGCAUCUGUUCUUUGUAAAAUGAUUUCCUUUGUUGUACUAGUUUUUCCUCUUCGUUUUUUUUUUAAACAUUUCUUCGGUGACAGUGCUGACCAGCCUGACUGAAAUAAAAAUCUCUUUUAAUUUGAAA